AUGUCCGACUCCGAAAACCCCCCCAAAGACACAAUUCCUCCCCUCCCUUCCAAUAAAGACCUACGUAUAACCCUCAUCGGCACCGGCACAAUCGGCCUCUCCUUCGCCGCCUUCCACCUCACCCACCUCCCCUCCCCCUCACAACUAACAAUCUACGACGUGCGCCCAAACCUCUCCACCUACAUAUCCAAUACCCUCCCGCAAUACCUUCCCCCUUCCGUCCCCGCCUCCACCAUCUCCUCCAUCUACAUCGCCACCACCCUCCCCGCCGCCGUCCAAAACGCACACAUAAUCCAAGAAUCCGGGCCAGAAAACCUCGCCUUCAAAAGCAAAUUAUGGGCUGAAAUCGAAGAACACGCGCUAAAAGAUGCGUUGUUAUGGAGUUCUACAUCCGGUAUCCUCGCCUCGGCGCAAGCGAAGGAUAUGGUUGAUAAGUCGCGGGUGCUUGUUGUUCAUCCGUAUAAUCCACCGCAUGUGAUGCCGCUGCUCGAACUUGUUCCUUCGCCUCAUACUUCUGCGCAGGUUAUCCAGCGAACGCGCGCGUUUUGGGAAGCCUGUGGUAGAGUCCCUAUUCAUCUCAAAAAGGAAACUACGGGGUUCGUGGCGAAUCGUUUGGCGUUUGCACUGCUGCGCGAGGCGAUUCAUCUGGUCGAUGAGGGCGUUGUAGAUGUGCGUGAGCUGGAUGCUAUUGUGGAGAGUAGUAUGGGGCCGAGGUGGGCGGUGGCGGGGCCGUUUAAGAGUUAUCAUGCUGGAGGUGGGGAGGGUGGUUUAGAGGGCUUUUUCAAGAAUAUUGGGGGUACGGUGCAGGAGUGUUGGGCGGAUACUGGGAAAGUUGAGGUUGGGGCUGGGUGGGAGGAGGAAGUUUUUAGACAGGCGAAGGAGGCGUAUGGGAGGGUUGAUGUGGGGGAGAGGGAUAGGGUUACGAGGAGGGUGUUGGAAGUUCUGAGAGAAGAAAAGGAGGGUAAAGAGCAUAGUCAAGCAUAG